AUGAUAAAUCAAAUUGAUCAUCGAAACUCAUUCAGAUAUCUCCAAAGAACAAUUGCUUAUGUUCGCCGUGUAUUUCAUCGCACACAAUCACCAACAAGAACACUUUCUCCAAAGGAAUUACGAGAUGCAUUAGUCUUCAUAAUUAAAACUAUUCAGGGCUCAGAAUUUGCAAAGGAAAUCUCUGACUUAAAACAAUGUAAAGCAAUCAACAGUUCGAGUCAACUAAAUACUUUAGCACCGUUCAUUGACGAACAAGGUGUACUUCGUGUUGGAGGAAGGCUUGAAGCAUCAACAUUGCCAUAUGAUGCUAAACACCCAAUGGUAAUUCCUUACAAUCACUCAAUAGUGAAAUUGAUGUUCAAAAUGAAACAUGAAGAAAAUUCCCAUUGUGCUCCACAAUUAUUGCUAAGCAUAAUGAGACAAAACUUCUGGCCGAUUAAAGGAAAGAUUAUGGCGCGAAACAUUGUUCACAGCUGUGUCAUCUGUUCAAAGGCAAAACCAAAACUGAUGGACCAACUCAUGGGCAACUUACCGACUGACCGAGUUACUCUGACUAAACCAUUUUUUACCACAGGAGUUGAUUACUGUGGUCCGAUAUGGAUUCAUUAUAAAAUUAGAGGAAAAAAGCCAACAAAGGCAUAUUUAGCAGUAUUUUGCUGUUUCGCGACUAAGACUGUUCACCUAGAAGUGGUGAGUGACCAGUCUACCAUUUAUUCAGAAAAUGGUAAAGAAAAGAUCAUUAAGACCAGUAGUAACAAGGGAAUUGACUUCAAAUUCAUUCCACCAAGAGCUCCUCAUUUUGAAGGACUCUGGGAAGCUGCCGUCAAGUCAGCUAAACAUUUAAUGAUUAAAGGAAUUUUCAACGCUUCAUUGACUUAUGAAGAAUUGACAACAGUCAUAACUGAAAUAAAAGCCAUGUUAAAUUCAAGGCCAAUAACAAAAAUGUCAUCCGAUCCAAAUGAUCUAACAGCGCUUACACCAGGACACUUUCUCAUAGGCGAACCACCUACCACUAAUGUGGAUCCCUAUCAAAAGGAGAGCCGAAUGAGUUUAUCAUCACGAUGGCGUAUAGUUUCUGAACUCAAACAAGAAUUCUGGAGAAGAUGGUCAAAGGAAUAUCUCAAUGAACUCCAAUCAAGGUACAAAUGGAAACAACAAAAGGCAAAUCUAUGCCAAGGUAAUUUAGUCAUUAUUAAAGAUGAUAAUCUACCCAUGUACAAAUGGCCUCUUGGCAGGGUGCAACAGGUAUAUGAAGGAGAAGAUGGCUUGGUCCGUGUAGCUGACAUAAAAACAGCCAAUGGGAUUUUUAAACGACCAUUACGAUCAUUGGCCCCCUACCCACUGAAGACAGCAUUAAUCAAAAUCCAACAAAACAAAAUUCUACUGUCACACAAACAAGACGAACGAAUGAACCUAGUGAAGCGUUGCCAAAGCGUCGAAAGAUAUAUGAUGGCACAUCUUUAA